AGCUCCGCCCUCUGCAGAGCCUCUAAUAGCGAGCUUCCGCCAGUCUUUCUCCCUUUUUCGCCCGUCCAGCCAUCGUGGUGGAAGCUCGGCUGUCAUCUCAUCAUCAUGUCCUCUCAUAAAACAUUCAGGAUCAAGAGGUUCCUGGCCAAGAAACAGAAGCAGAAUCGUCCCAUCCCUCAAUGGAUUCGAAUGAAAACUGGAAAUAAGAUCAGGUACAACUCGAAAAGGAGACACUGGAGAAGAACCAAGCUCGGAUUAUAGAGAAUGGCCAGGGCAAUGAAAGACAUUCUACAUCAAGACCAUCUCCCCCCCCCUUACCAUGCCAUCCAUCAAUCCAUCCAUCCAUCCAUCAAUCACUCAAUCGCCUCAUUGCUCCCAAUAAGAAGUAAAUUAUCACUACAGCCCUCCCAUUUUGGAAGCUAUCUGCCAAGAUGCAGACAUAAAAAAAAAAACCCAAUCCCAAGAAACUGUUAAAUUUGUCUUGCCCCUAAAUGUUUUCAUAAAUUGCAUCCAUGUGUUCAGGUACAGUGUAUUGUGAUAUAGUUUAAAUUACUGUUAUCUACAUCUCUGUGUAGCAUUUGUAUGUUUGAGGUUAUGCUUAAGAGGCAGAGAUCAUAAUGAAACAAGUUACUCAUGUCAAGAAGAACCAAGCCCUGCCUUGAACAAGCUGUCACAAUAACCUCUCUGUGUUUUGUUUUUGUGUUCUAAGGAGUUAUAAGAGAGCACCUACCUCACAGGGUUGUUGUGGGGAUCUAAGAUUUGCAAGCCUUCAGUGUAAGCCACCAGUGCUGCUAAUCAGGAGCUGUCUCAGCCAGAUUAUGCGCAGCUGACUGUGCUCAUUUAUCAAACUCACAGUCAGAGAAGUAACCUGUUGACCCCCUGCUUAUUUCAUACAAUAAGCCGUCUUUGUUCCUUGUUGGGAGGUGGAAAUUAAGUGUUGGCAACUUCAGAGUUGUCGGUUAUUUGUGUGUUUGGGAAAGCCCAACCUUUGUUAGGAACUAGACCUGGUCCAGGUGAAUGGCUUCACAAUUUUCUGAAGAUGCAAUUCUGCUAAUAAAGGGCUUCUACAAAAAAAAAA